AUGGGUAGAUUGGUUGGUUUAGAGUUGCAUAACUUUAAAUCAUAUAGGGGAACGGCUUCUAUUGGCUUUGGCUCGGGAAACUUUAUCAGUAUUAUUGGUCCCAAUGGUUCUGGGAAAUCAAACAUGAUGGAUGCCAUAUCGUUUGUUCUCGGUAUUAGGUCAUCGCAUUUAAGAUCUUCUAAAUUGAAGGAUUUGAUUUAUAGAGGUAGAAUUGAUGAUGAAAAGUAUCCUGCUGACUCUUCUGACCUUGAAGAUCAGCUUGCAAUUGAAGAUGAUGAAGAUGAUCCCAAUAAUCCCCGUACUGCUUACGUUGAAGCCAUUUAUGAAAGGGGAAAGGACGACUCCGUUCGGUUCAGAAGAACAAUCACUGUUCAAGGAACAAGUGAAUACAAAAUUAAUGAAGAACUUGUCUCUGCUUCAGAAUAUUCUAAUGUUUUGAAAAAAGAGGGUAUAUUGAUCAAGGCCAGAAACUUUUUAGUCUUCCAGGGCGAUGUUGAACAAAUUGCGUCACAGUCUCCUCAAGAUUUGACCAAAUUAAUGGAAACCAUAUCAGGAUCAAUAGAAUUUAGAAAGGAAUAUGAAUCUCUAUUGGAAGAUCUUGAAAAGGCCCGCGAAGAUACCAAUAGUCUUUUCCAAAGAAAGAAAAUAUUGAAUGGUGAGAUGAGACAAUACAAGGAGCAGAAAUCUGAAUCCGACCAUUUUGAAAAAAAAAUGUCCGAAAAAAUUAAUUUGAUUAAGAAUUAUAGGUUAUGGCAGUUGUAUAAUAUUGAAAAAUCGAAAAAUUCGUUGAUUGAUAACCUUGAAGAAAGAAAUAGUGAAUUGGACGCCUGCAAAAACAAGAUUAAAAAAGAUGGGGCCAAAUUGAAGAAAAUGAAUGCCGCUUAUGCAAACGGAAAUUUAAAUAUUAUUAGCCACAAGGCCAGUGUCGAUAAACUGAAUCUCCGGUUAAAGGGGCUUAAUAAGAAUUUAGUGCCCCUCACCACAAAGAGAGAUGUCGCAAUUAAGAAAAUCGCUGAUCUUGAAAGAAAAUCUGAAGAAAUUAAAUAUGAUAUUCAAACCCAAAAUGCGAACAUCGAAGAACUAAAGAAGCAAAAAGCCAUUGUUGAAAAAUCCAUGAAAAUAUUUGAACGACAGCACUUUUCUAAGAAGCAAGAGUUCGACUUGCCAACCGAUGGUCAACAACAGUAUGAGAUAUUAAGACAAGAGUUUUUAUCCAAUGGUGGUGCUAUUCUAGAAGGCGAGCUUAAUAUGUUGAAUAAUGAUAAGGAAUCCUUAGUGUCCAAAAUCGAGAACCUUGAAAAGCAGAAAAAUAAUUAUCUUGGGAGAUCAUCCAGUCUUCAAGAGAACUUGGCAAGCUUCAACAGUCAGCUCUUAGACGCAAGGAUUAAAUUGCAAGAAACCAUAGAGGAAAUUUCAUUCAAAAAGAAUUAUCUCAACGAAGCAAGAAUGAAGAAAGAACUAUUGUUGUCUGAGGAGUUUGAAUUGAAUACCCAAAUCAAAGAUAUUUUGAUAAAGUUGGACGAGCUCAAUGCGUCUCAAAGAGAAACAAACCGUGAAAGAAAACUUAGGGAAAAUGUCUCUAAUUUACAAAGAUUAUUCCCAGGGGUCAAAGGGUUGGUUUGUGAUCUUUGUAAACCAAAACAAAAGAAAUAUGAGAUUGCUGUUGCCACGAUCCUUGGUAAAAGUUUUGAUUCAAUAAUCGUUGACAAUAUGACGGUGGCUCAAAGAUGUAUAAAUUAUCUCAAGGAACAGCGUGCCGGGGUUGCUUCUUUCAUUCCAUUGGACUCUGUGGAUUCUCAACCACCAAGCUCAAACCUCAGACACUUGCAUCAGAGUGCCAAACCAAUAUUGGAUAUUAUUGAAUACGAUCCAGCAUUGGAAAGAGCAAUGCAAUAUGCUUGUGGUAAUUCAAUUGUUUGUGACGACAUGGGAACUGCCAAAUACAUAAGAUGGCAAAGAAAAAUAGACACAAAGGUCGUCACUUUAGAUGGAUCAUUGAUUCAUAAGGCAGGUUUGAUGACUGGUGGUGUAGGUAAAAAACAAAAUGGGAUUUCCAGGUCUUCUACUUGGGAUAAAUCUGAGUUAGUUGAAUUAUCUAGAAAAAAGGAUGAAUUAUUGAAUAAAUUGGAAAUGAUUCAGCAAGAAAAACCAAAUGAAAUUGUGGAAAAACAGGUGCUAAAUGACAUCAGUGAAUUAGAGAAUGACAUUCCAUUGUUGCAAAGCACGGUUAAUGAAAUGGAAAGAAAUGUAAAAGAUGCGAAAGCAGAAAUUGAGUAUCAGCAUGACUUGUUAAAUAAAGUAGAAGAAGAUUUAGCUUUCAAGCAAAACUCUUUGAUCGAAGUCAUUUCAAGCAGUAAGGCAUGCGAGAACAGGGUCCACAGUUUGCAAACCGAAAUUUACAGCACCUUUUCUGAAGAUUAUGAUAUCGAUAUUGAUGAAUAUGAACAGGCUCAUGGUCAAUCAAUGCUUCAGCAGGAGCAAGAAAGGGCCAAAUUCAUAAAACAGAUAUCAUCAUUAGAUAACAAAAUUGAAUUUGAAAAUGAUAGAUUACAACAAUCUGAAGGUCGUUUGGUAAAAAUCAAUAAUGAACACAAGAGACAUAUCAAUGAAUUGGAAACAAUUAAGGAAGAACGAAACAAACUUCAAGAAGAUAUUGAGUUGCUAGAGUCUGAAAUUGAAAUUGCUACUGAAAAAUCCCAAAAGAUGGAAGCCUCGUUGAAAGCUGAUUUAGUGGCUAUCAAGGAGAAGGAGGAAUCCGUCGCAGAUGAAAGGCUUAAUUUCGAAAUGAUUUUCAAAAAAUGUUCCACCAUUGAACAAGACAUUGAAGCAGAAAUUUCCAAAAAGUUAAGUGCUUUGAGAUCUAGCAAAAUUGAAAAUGUUUCUAUUCCCUUACUUGAAGGAUCUUUAGAUGAUAUUCCGAUUGGUGAAGCCCCUGAAAAUUUACUUGAUAUUUCUGAAAGCAUCAUCAUAGAUUAUAACAAAUUGCCAAAGAAAUACCACGCUAUUUCAGACUUGAAGGUGCUUGACAAAGACUUUAAUGACAAAAUUAAAAAGAUCACUGAGGAACUCGAAAGUCUUUCACCAAAUACUAAAGCGACUGAAAGAUUACAGGAAGUCGAAACCAGACUCAAGGAAGUUGAUCAAAACCAUUUGAAAACCCGUGAGCAUGAAUCAUCCCUUAGUGACCGAUUUGAUGAAGUUAAGGAGAAAAGAUACAAUCUCUUCAUGGAGGCAUUUGACUUCAUUUCCACAAAGAUUGACUCAACUUACAAAGACCUUACCAAAGCCGAGGCGUCGCCGCUUGGUGGAUCUGCUUACUUGACUCUUGAAGACGAAGAAGAGCCCUAUAAUUCUGGUAUCAAGUACCAUGCCAUGCCGCCACUCAAGCGCUUUCGUGAUAUGGAACUAUUGUCCGGUGGCGAAAAGACCGUUGCUGCCCUUGCCUUGUUAUUCGCUAUCCAUUCUUUCCAACCAAGUCCAUUUUUUGUGUUAGAUGAGGUUGAUGCUGCGUUGGAUAAUGCUAAUAUUCAAAGAGUCGCUAACUAUAUUGUGAAGCAUUCGGGGCCGAACUUCCAGUUUAUUGUUAUCAGUCUCAAGAAUGGCUUGUUUGAGAAAUCAGAUGCGUUGGUGGGUAUUUACAGGGAACAGGUAAAGAAUAGUUCUAAAACCCUAAGUAUAGACUUGAGAGAGUAUCCUAGGUAA